AUGUCGUGGCAAGCAUACGUUGAUACCAGCAUGGUGGGCACUGGUCACGUCGACAAGGGAGCUAUCUACAGCAUUGCAGGAGACAGCAAGUGGGCCGGCAGCGCGGGCUUCGAAGUCUCAGCAGCAGAAAUGAAGGAAAUCAUUGCCGGGCUCUCGGGCUCUGUCGACAAGCUGUACGCCGAUGGGCUGCACGUCGCAGGCGAGCGUUACGUUCUCACAAAGGCCGAGGAAAGAAGUCUCUACGCCAGAAAGGGCCGCGAAGGUGUCGUCAUCGUCAAGACCAAGCAAGCCAUCCUCAUCGCCCACUACGGCGAAGCCAUGAUCGCAGGCAACUCCGCGACGACCGUCGAGUCCCUGGCCGACUACCUCAUCAAGCUAGGCUACUAG